GACAUACGGGGCGCUUCGAUUGGGUAAGAACGUCGAAUGUAGCGUCACGUGUCUGCGGGUUACUUGGCAUUCUGGGACACAAACAGUGGUCAGUAUGAGGAGCUUGAACGGCGACAGUAGCAGCAGCGGCUCGACUGAUCACGGAGAGAAGAAACAACAACACCCAGCGUGCAGCCAGGAACCAAACAGGUUUUUCAUCUCCGACUUGAAGUUGUUUUUGUCGCUCCAUUUUCCAGGGGAAGCGGACGCGGAGGCCAGCCAACGGUGGAUGCGUGUGUGUGUGUGUGGACUUUCUCCACGGCUGAGAGUUAUUUAGCCCACGACAGGAGUGAGUUAGCCGCGCCGUGAUUUAUGCUAACUACUGAGCUACCGCUAGCUGGAUGUCGAUGCAGGUGGCGCCGUGAGAAGUUGACGCUGUGGGAGCACUUUAUUCAGGAGUGUUGGGUGGUUUUGUCACCUGACAGCUCCCUCCAUCCUUAAACUCUGCAUUGUCCCGAGUGGAGGGGUGACAGCUCUGAAUAUGGCGAGUGUUUCCAACAGGAGCCACAAAACUGGCAUUUUCAUGUCACUGGACUGGCGACGCCGCGAUCAGCUGGUAUACCCAAGAUAAAUAUUGUUGAAUUUGACUCUUUAUGUAAUGGCCAAGGAGAGUGACGGAGCUCAUCUUCGUGUCUCACUUCAUAGCGCCUCUCAGAGUUGCAUAACAAUGGGUCAUAGCUACUGAAGCCUCUCCUGGAGUUCAUUGAUACUAUAUUAAUACAGAGAACGCUAGACAUGGACUUUUACUGGAUGUAAGAACUAUCUGGAAGUCUUAAACACCACAGCUGUCUUCAGGUCAGACAGUUCACCUGAGCCCUGCUGUUGGCCCCCCCACAGAGCUCACCUGAGGGCCAACAUGUCAAUGUCAGGGUCGACGAGCGUGCAGAUUUUCACCAAGCUUGUCAAGCAUGCCGUGGGGAAGGCACAGAUUCAGCUGAACCGCUGGUUGCAGAGGACUGCCACAGAGGAGUGUGACAAGAUAGACAUCCUGAUAUGCAGCGCCUUUGACGAAACGGGGGCUGGCAUUGGGAAGUCAGAUGGAGACCCCGAGGCCAUCAGCGCCGCAGGGGGAGCAACCUUCAGCAACAGCGCAGAGUUCAGGCACCCGUGCUGUAUCACCACCUUUUGCUUCAAGAGCGCCCUGUUGGCAUGCAUCCUGACGGCUGUGUGCUUCUCCUCGGUCGCCCUGGUGCGUCAAUACCUCAAGGACCUGCUGCUCUGGGUGGAGAGCUUGGACAGCUUCGUGGGGGCCAUGCUGUUCAUAGUUGGUUUAAUUAUAGUGUCGUUUCCAUGCGGAUGGGGAUAUAUCGUUCUCAAUGUGGCGGCUGGCUACCUCUAUGGCUUUGUACUUGGAAUGGGACUGGUUAUGGUGGGAGUUUUAAUAGGGACCUUUGUGGCACACCUGGUGUGCAAACGACUAUUGACUGACUGGGUGCUGAACAAAGUUGGAAACAGCGAGCAGCUCAGUGCUGUCAUUCGAGUGGUGGAGGGAGGGAGUGGACUCAAAGUUGUGGCCUUAGCAAGACUCACCCCCAUACCUUUUGGGCUCCAAAAUGCAGUUUUCUCGGUGAGUAUGAAAAGCACCAUUUUCUAUGUUUUCAGCAGACGUUUAAUAGUCAUGUUAUAUCUUCUGCAGGCUGAUAAGAGCUGACAGUAAGCUAGGGGCAAGGCUUAUUAAACCUCUGGAAGACAGUUCAGGAAGUCACUUGAAGUCAUGAGGAGUGAACCUUUGACCUUUUUGAUUUCAGGAAGUAGUUCUUAGCCAACCGACCACACAGGGGAAAUCAGAAAUAGUCAGAAAACAAUCUCAAGAAACAGACAGGAUUACAAUAGAUGUAACCCUAACUAAGGCUGGCCGAUAAAACGAUAACAAUAUAUCGAAAAUAAAUUUUCCUCAAUAUCGAUAUAAAACAUGGUCAAUAUGCAUUUCAAUAGUUGGCAUUCUGCCAUGUUUUUGUAGACUAUACAAACAGCCAAUGAAAAGGGGAGUUUCACGCUGAACCAAUCAUGUGCUGAAUGAGAAACAAGUAGCAAACAACCACGUAGUAGCAGGCAGCAGCUACACGCAACCAUAGAAGCCGACAGCACUGCAGCAGAGCACGUACGAUGCAAAAGGUUACAAACCCCGAGCAGAGCAAGGAGCCCAUGGCGCCUGUGCAGCUGAAACAGCCGACCAUUCAGUCCGCUCUCACUAGCGCAACGCCUCACGAAAAAACAUCGAAGAGACACAAAGUCCUCACAGAUGCAGUAACUUGUUGUAUUGCAAAAGACAUGCUACCAAUAAGCACUGUUAAAUUUUAUAUCUCAUAUCCAUAUAUAUUUUAAAAUUGACGGAUAUGAAAAUCUUAUAUUGUUAUAAAUUUUUCCCUUAUUGCCCAGCCCUAACCCUAACCCAUGAAAGCAGACAUCAAAAUGCAAGGAUAAUCCCCAGACAACGGAAACUCACUGCUCUUACAGAUGGAGAAACUGUCCUUCAAAUAUGGACUUUAACCUUAAGGCAUAUCUUUUACAUUUGAAGUCCCACUUGGGGUCUCUGCACGUAUUUUAUGUCGAUAGCUCUGUAUUUUUCUUGCGGGAUAAAUGUAAAAUCAAGGGUCAAAGUAAUAGACACCACUGUACUUACGAUGAUGCUUUCAGCUACUCUUAACCUGAGGGCCUUGACCUUCAAGCAAUCCAUGAAUAAUUUAUAUUCACUGAUUAUUCUCCCGAGUCAAAUCCUUGAUACCUACAAACAUUAAAUGGCCUCAGGGAUGCGUCGCUGUAUCAUAGAGAAUCAGCUCAGAUUCACGCAAUAUGAGGGAUGUUCUGCCAGUUGUAAUUGAGUGAUAAAUGAAGAAUAAAGACCCGAGGGUGCACUUAAUGUCAUGUAGCUAUUUAAACAUUAGUCUCUCCUAAGUAGUGAAAGUCAGACUGUUUUAAAAAUAUCUCUCAUCACUGCCUAAUUGCCCCAGUUUACUGUAUCACACUGGCUACUUUCUCUCCACACAAGUAUUUGUUGAGUUAUUGUCACAAAAUACAGAAGCAACGAAGCUGCAAAAUUUAAAAAAUCAACAUUGAAUAGUAGUAACUGUUGUGUCCAAGAGUAGCAUCAACAUAGAUGUAGUGCUAGAUUCUGCUCUCAGCUGGUUUCUUGUAUUUAUAGGGGAGUCAAAGCAGAGUUAUGCCUCGCAUAUUUAUAUGCACCUUAUUCUGACCUACUUAAGUGCUGCAACAUUGUUCAGGGGAAGGUUGCAAGAACAAAUGUUGUCAUCAGUGGCCAUGAAAAAACUAAAACUUCCAGGUUAGAGGAUUUGCUCUAGUGUAAUACGUUUCCUCGGAAGUGGGCUGUAAGAUAACUAGCCUCGAACGUGCACUGACUCAAGGGAACUGACUCCAGUGAGCUGGCUUGCGUUUAAUUAGAAUUUAGCCUAUUAACGCCAGAUCACAUUUCACAAGCAGUAAGCCUGUUUGUAAGCUAUUACUCCACCAGAAAGCAGCUUAAUUAACCUUUCAUCCUUUCCAACCGGAGCUCUGUUAAACACUGGACUGUGUUUAUGGAAACAUAUCUGGUUAGAGGGGAAUCAAAAAGAAAAAAAAAAACCCAAUAGUGGCACAAACAUCCAGAAGUGGAUGCAGAGUGGGGAGCUUGAAAGGCAUUUAUAGCUCAGAGCAUGAAGGAGUUGACACACGGGCCUGAGGCAGGAAAAAGGAAAAUGACGUAAGAGAGUUUCACAAGCACAGUAAUUGCAUGCUGCAAACCCAGUCCGUUUCCCCGGCUGACUGAUUUACUUCUCUGCAGUAUAGAUAUUUACUUAUUUGGCUUCAGCCUUUCAUAGUUUUUUCAUACUUGCUUCAUAUCACCUAAAAAUCGACAUCCUCUUAAAAAAACACAACUGCUGAUUUUUUUUUUUGUGGACAAAAUGUAUUGAUACAACUAAAAGUUUUUGAGCGUUGAUUGACAUUCAUGGAGUAGAUACAGCUAAUUGUAUCCCCUCAAAUAUCUUGUUGUUUUCCAAUCAAGAAUGAGCAUUACAGGAGGGAUUAUAGGGAAUCUUUUGGAUUAACACCCAAUAACAAAAAUUUAUUAGGUUGCAAAUAUAAGAAACUCCGAUCAAACCCCUGAUCGAAAUAAUCUAACCUGAAACAAGGCUAUCACCACCACUUAGGCAAGUUAAAGGGAUAGUUCAGUGUUUAUUGGAGCGGGUUGUGUGACGUGCAUGUUUGGCCUCUUUGUUGAGAACUGGAUCAACUGCAGCGGGCAGGUUCAGCCCUACCAAAUACCUAGUCGAAAGAGAGUUCAAUCCAAGUGAACGUGUCAGGUCUGUGAUGUACACAUCAAUAAUGUGACAUUUUUGUCUCAGUUUAAUAGUGUAAAUAAACAAAUGCUGAAACUGGCACAGCGAUGGCUGCAGAGUUUGUUAUUUCAGCUCUGUCUUUCUCUUGAAAAGCUCAAAAUUGUGCACACCACUGGUUGUAUCAUUAUUCUUUAAAAACAGUCGAAAUCUUCCUUUAAUGGCACACUUUGAUCCGGCUGUCUGGUUGUCGGUGAGUGAUGCAGACUGCAGAUGCUUGCGAGCGACUCUGAUCCAGAAAAUCUCAGGGAGUCCAGUUGUUACAAAGUCUUACUUAGGAAAGUAGCUGACUAUCUCAGUCAUGGGCAUGGACAUCGCAGUUUAACUUUGGAUCUCCCUUGCCCUCCAGCUAGUAUAAAAGUCUGUGCCCUCUCUCCUGUAGUUCAUUGACUCGUUGUCCCUCUGUGAACUCCUACUUUCGAAGGUGCUCUCUUGUGUUGGCAGUGAACAGAAGGCCAUCAUCACUGCCAUUAUUUAGUUUGGCGUUUAUCUCUUUCAAAGCUGAUCAGUGCCCUGCAGGUGGAAGGGCACGAGUAUACCACGACUGAUAGAAAUGUGAAAACAGUUUCUCAACAAAAUGGCCGGCGUCCCCUCACUUGACAAAAAAAACUAUUCCUUUAAAACGUCAUGUAAAACUCUAUGUACAGUUGAGAACAGAUUGAUGUCAUUGUCUAUGAAUGUAGUUUUUCAAUAACGAUUGCUGUCCGGAUUAUUUAAAUCUAACUUUAUCUUAUCGUUAUCGUUACAGCCUUUGACAGAUGACACUCUCAUGAGGAAUUUAUUACUCACACUCAGUGAGUAAGACUACUUGAUAAAAAAAGAACAUAGUCAUUUGAUAACAGUGAAGUGAAUCAUCCCAGAGAUCAGCUGACUGAAGCUACAACAAGCCCUGCCUUUAGAAAACAGUCGAGCUGCUCUUGUCUAUAUAAUUUAGGUGUUGUUGUUUUUUUGGAAGCAUCUCAAAUUCCAAAAGCUCAAACUGGGACACGAGAUCUGAACACAGAGGACGGGAUUAUUAGUGCUGACGUGUUAAGCUGAUCAUGAAACCGGAGAUAAUUCAUUUGUUAUCGGUUAAUUAAGUUUAGUCCGUUGAAAAGACAAGUUCACGCCUCUCCUUUUAGACGUGUGCCUUAAACUGGAGUUUCACAAAAAAAUGUGUUAUCCUACAUGUUUUUCCAAGAGAGCUUUAUGUGCUACAAAUUGAUCGACUUCCUUUGUAUUAUCCCCGACCAUGGCACGCUGUCCACCUGUGAAAGGACUUCUUUGAACAGGACCUCCAAACCCAGCAGAUGGUCCGUUUUUGCCUGACUGGCUUAAAUGGCUUCUGUUCUGUUUGUCGUUGUUUCAUACUUUCCGCUUCAUGGUUGGGACAUAGCUCUGUGUCCAAAGGUUGAGCCGUCCCUCUCACGCCAGGAUGGGGCUUUAACAGCGGUUACAACAUUACACUUACUGUUCCUCUGUGCGAGGCGAAAAUGAGGUGUCAAAGUCAAAGGGACAGACAUCCUGUCAUGUCGCUUGCCUCUGUCACCGGCAUCGCUGCCGCUUCUGUCUGCAAAUCUCUGUGCGAGGGUCACAUUAAGGCCGGGCGGUUGACAGCCUUGUGAAAUACUAUUUUAGUUUGCAGCGGAUCAUUAUUUACGGGAGAAAGCAAACAAAAAGAUUCUGUGAAAGAGACGGCGGCUUAUAAACAGCUCUUAGAAAAGUGGGUCAUUUUGUGUUGUGUGCCAGGUUGCAUUUGUCAUAUUCCUGCUGGUUACAUUCAACUUCUGACAGCUGUUUGUCGUUGAAAAGGCUGUUUUUUGUGUGCUUGACUGAUUGUUAGGCCCAUGAGACUGUCCUUUAAGAGUGAUGAUUUUAAGUUAAUUUUAACUAAUAUUUCUGUAGGUAAUGCUAGGUUUUUGCCUAUUUUUGACCUUGGUGGUUGGCUGAUCCAACUUUGAUAGUAACUGUUGUAAAGUGUUGUUGAGAAACUUUGCAUAGAAUCUUAAUUCCUCAGUUCUUCUUAACCUAGCAAGCUUUUUUUAAUGCAUCUUUAGUAGGGAUGCACUGAUCCGAUAUUUGGUGUCAGUAUCGGUCCCAAUACUGAAGAAAAUUCUAGAUCGGGUAUCACGACAAUCGGCCCGAUGCAUAGGGAUCUAUUCAGUCUAACUCUAUGCUAUGCACCGUGACUGGCAUCCACAAGUAAACAUGCUGAGUGGAUGCCCACAUUGUUUUCAAAAUGGAGCGAGCAAAGGGGUCUGCUAUCUUGAACUUUAUUAGAAUACCUCAGCCUACAAGCUCGACGUUCCAAGGGGCAGAGGUAAAACUUCAAGUUACGACAAAAGGUAAUUCAGCGCGGCUUUUCUGUAUUAGAACUAGAUCGGUAUAGGCCGAUACUAAACUGCAGAUAUCUGUGUUGAUAUCAGAGGUGAAAAAAGCAGAUUGGUACGUCCCUAAUCUUUAGUCUUAACUUAUAAAGGUGCAGUAUGUAGAAAUUUGAAUAUUUAGAAAUAUCUGGCAGUCUCAUUCUAGAUAGAAACGCCCCCUUACCCACCCUUUCCUGUCAGCUAAUUGACAGUAGCCUUCAAGGAGAUAAAGCUCCUGUGAUGUACAAUAAGUGUGAUCUCCAUUUGUCAACUCUUUAACAUAAAAAAAAAAAAACCUUUAUCACCACAAAAUCGUUUUUCGCACAGCCUCUUCAUGUUUGUUUUAGUAAUAAACUCAUCUGGUUAAAACUAGUUUAAAAGAACAAAAAAGACUUGGACCUUUGUUUUUAAAAUCACAUGAAAAGAAAAUUCAGCAUGUGCCUCAUUCUAAUGAAACAUAGCCACUCUCUAGAAGAAGUGCACGUGUUUGACAUCCCUCAUGUGAGGCUUCAUAUCAGUGUGAAGUCCAAAAGAAAAAAAAACACCAUAAAUUCCUGCCAGUGCCAAGUGUCAUCAUAGUAGCCAUUUUGCUAAGCCAGCAUGGCACACAUCCACUUGGGUAGUGCACUCAGCUGUAGCAGGUGUUAUGGUGUCACCACACGCUGAAGCAGGUGAAGGUGUCACACAGAGAGACGCACCUGCAGUCAGGCCAAUAUUUGACCACAUCCAGAUUCAUGUAUGUUCCUUCUUUAAGUCUAUGAAGCGUAGAAAUAAAACCAACAAACCAGCACAAUAACACCCAGAAAUAAAAGAAGACAUCCUGCCUUCCUCCCACCUCUGCAAACAAUGGAUUAAGCGCCUCUUUCCUGUGAAAGUGUCACAUGCGAUCGUCCAGCCAAUGAGAUUUUAGUAGAGCCAGAGCUCGUAAGAAGCAGGCUAAUGAGCUGAAUCCUGAGUUCACCCACAUCUUCUGCUCUGUUCCAGGCUCUCACUUAACUCCUUGUUAAUUAUCUUACCUGGAGACUCAUUAUCCUCCAACCUUUAGUAUCUCUGGGAUCUUACCCUCCACAAUAAAAGCUGAAACAAACAGUGGGUGCAUCCUUCUUGGCCCCAAGGGCAGUUAUGCUCUGCCCUUGGUAAGCACUUUCAGUGGACGGGGCUACAUUUCACCGUGUCCCUCCUCGCUUCUUUCUGCUGAAGUCGAUGGUGCUACAUUGUGGCGGGUAACCUGAAACGACUCAAAGACUGCAGCGGUGAGCAAAACAGAAGGGACAGCUCUGGAAAAACAAUGUUUGCAUAUACCUGGAAAGUGAAGAAGCUGUAAUCAGAGCGGCACAUUUAUUACAGAGGUCUGACCUUUAACACUACGCGCUCACUGGCCUCCGCUGUCAUAAUCAGCAGCUGCAGGAACGGCAAUUUGACUUUAACUUUAAGGCAAACAUGUUAUUGUAGCUGCUGAUUACAUUCCUAGACAAUGACAACAACCACUCCUGAAAUUUAUGGAAUUAUCCCACUCCCUUUUUUUUGUUUACAAGCGCAAACUCAGACCUGCAUCGCUGCUGCUGCUCUGAAUAAAUCAGGUCAAGCUGUGGAUGAGGUGUUUUUUUUUUUUUUAAACUCGAAUUUGCAGAUCAUCUUGAUAAGCGAGCCUGCAGAAAGGAGUGGGAGGCUCAGUGGAAAAUCUCUGUGUUGUUAUAAAAAUACCACUGAAUAGCUCCCUUCCUCUAGUCGUGUAUCAGACAGCUGCAUGCACUAGAUGCCUGGGCAGGGAGUGACUUUAGAGGACAUGUGCUUCACAACUCAGGGAUGAGGGCCGAGAGAAAAGACAGCGUGUUCCCUUUUUUUCUCUUCUGCAGCUCUCCCCUAGCUCGCAUGUCAUGUCUCAGAGAUCAUCUGUAGGCGUCGGGACCGUGUUGACACGUAGUGCGGACACAUCGGCGCCAAUCUUUCAAGAAGAACAGCCUGAUUGAUGAUACAUACAGGUCCAACAGCUCGAUGCUAACAUUAGCACGAUUGAACCAGUUGUGUAACAUCAGCAUGCGUAGAAAUGAAACUUAUCAGCGUGCGAUAACAGCAGAAGGGUUUCAGAUCUAUAAAUGCAUCGAGAUGCUUUAGCAGCAUAAAUGCUCUCCAGCCCCUCUGAUAAGACUUUGGCUCAGGGCGGCGUCUCACAGCAACACGUCACAGCCCGCCGACUUGCAGCUAUCAACCAGAGUGUGGUCACAGUGCACGGAGCCAAGGUCACUUCCACCCUGACUCAAACACACAUCCACUCAUGUCAUCACGUUAUUAAGAGAUCCAGGGUGACAGCGACACAGACACUUGUUCAUAUUUAGUGGUAGUAAUGAGAUAUGAAACGAGACACUUGGCUCGGCUUCUCGUGGCACGUAGUCGUUUCUUUUUUGCCAACUGAAACGUGAAGAUGCAGAUUUUGAUGUGAAAUUCUCUGCUGCUUCCCUUCAAGUCGUGUUCUCAUAGUGUUCCCCUUCAUAAUUGUGUCAGUCUGUGUAGAACAAAGGGAGACAAAUCGUAAACAAAGAUUUCUUUCAGCUUUACUCAGUUGUGUUAUAAGUCUUCAGAUCCUUUACUUAAAGCUCCUGUAAGAGAUUAGGGCUCGACAUUUUGGCACCGUCUGUUGACAUAUCAGUGUGUCUUAUCUCGUUGUUCCCAUCAUGUACGUGCGUUCAUAGGUUUCCUGAUAAGAAAAUCUCAUCAUGCUUUAAAGGAAGUGUCACUGACUGUUAAUCUUCAGUGUUUAAAAUGUAAACAAAGACUGAUUCUGCGGCGCGCUGAAGCCGUCUUUGUUCGUCUCAUACCUACCCAGUGACGGUGGUUACAAGAAAGGGAUGUAACCCAACUACCUUCCUUGUUGUUGAAAUCAAAAUUGAAAUUUUCGGUCAGACUUUAUUUGACGCCUAUCUCUAUAACGCAUUGAAAUGUAUGUAUUAUGCAUUAUAAUUAGAGGUGCAUCGAUCGCAAUUUUCUGGCCGAUCACCAAUCUUUAAAAAGUUUGACCCGCCGAUACCGAUUUUGUCUGAAAACAAUUUAUAACUUGUGCAACAGGUCACACUGCAGGCCUGUUUUGAGCCUCUGACCAAAAUAAAAUGCACAGCAGUAUUUUGCUUUUACAAAUAAAAGGAAAUCACAAGGUUUGAGGAAGUUAGUAAAAUGAUAAUCUGCAGGACAAACUAAAAACACAACUUAACCACCAAUAAACUGUCCUGAGUUUUAGGUUUCAUUGUAGUGGGUUGAACAUGCUCGGUUGAUCAUGCUCCGGAUGACUGUUGUGCGUGCACACCAGUGUGCACACGUGACCUGGUGGGCGGGUAAAGCAAAAAGCCACAAAUUCUGACUUUCAGACCUGACUUUCAGAUGUUUCCCUGCUUCAACACACCUGAUUUAAAUGAUCAGCUCGUUAUCAAGCUCUGUAUGAGCUUAAUAACGAGCUGAUCAUUUGAAUCAGGUGUGUUGGAGCAGGGAAACAUCCAAAACAUGUAAGGACAGUGGGCCUUGAAGACUGGACUUGAGAACCACUGGUUUAUAAUGUGUUAUGAUUAUUGCUAUAAAGCAUUUUGAUCAUUUAUGUAAGUGUUUAUAACUGUAGUUAUACAGUGCUAUAACGUGACUAUAACGCAUUUUAAAUGUAUUUAUGAUGCAUUAUAGAGAGAGGCGUCAGAUAAAGUAUUACCAAAUUUUCACUUACCUACUAUAAUAAAGAAAAGAAAACAUCCAGAAAAAAAGUCAUACUGUAAUACUCUGGACAUGUCAAAGCGACCUGCAUUUUAUACGUCACUUGCACAAUGUGCUUUAUGUGUCAAAGCUAGAAAUGUUCCUCUAUUAGACUCGCACAAUCGCUUGACUGGCAAGUUAAUACGUAUUACAUAAUACAGUAAACUGUUGGUGCUGAUGCAUUCAUGUGGAAAAAGCAUUUCACUGUUGUGGCUGCUUGAGUCGAAGCCUGUUUGGACGAGUUCUUACACAGCCAGUAAGUUCAGUCGAUAACACUUUAUGUGAACCCUUAUAAUGCUUCAUAAGCACCUUUACAAAGCCUCCUAAGAUAUGUCAUAAAGCGUAAUCGAUGCAUUUAUGAAGCUUUAUAAAUGUGCUUGUGAUUUAUUAUAAGAGGUGGGUUCAUGUAAAGUCUAGUCUGUGGCUUCCAAACAGGGAUGCUGGACCACUUUGAAGGGUCACUUUUUGAGGGGUCAUGAAUUAAUUAAGAAAAGGACAGGUAAAGGACAGGUAAAAACAAAGACUAAGGUUUUGUUCAGGAAUAUGAGAUCAUUCGACCUCUUAGGGACUCAGUUAUUUCAAAGAAGUCAUAAGAGAGCUGUAGAGGGUAAAUGUGUCUCGUAUGGAGGAUCUUCUACUAAGAGAAAAUAGCCGUUAACACGUAGAGUGUUCUUGGACUUAUUAAAUCAACAAAGUGCAGAUCUAAUGAAAAAGACAAUCUGUUUAAGGAUUUCCAGCUUUCAGGUGAGGCUGCAGUAAAGUCUUAUUGUUUCAGAGGUAAGUGUGCAAAACAUUGAAGUAAUUUUAAGUAGCUUUAGUUUCCUGUAUUUGAAUAACUUGAGUUUUGAAAUAUCUAUUUAUACUUGUGAAAACUGAUGAAGAAAUUCAGCUUGACUUGAGCCAAGGUCAAACAUAAGUCAAAGUAAAGAAUGUUUUUUUUUUCUCAUGUAGUUCAUUUUUUCCAGUCAUGCAUCGGUCUUUUGUUUACUUGUUUUUCAGAUCACAGAUGUGUCCUUGCCAAACUACCUGGUGGCCUCCUCUGUGGGUCUGUUGCCUACUCAGCUUCUCAACUCUUAUUUGGGCACCACACUUCGCACCAUGGAGGACGUCAUUGCUGAGCAGAGUGUCAGCGGCUACUUUGUGUUCAGCCUGCAGGUGAGCUGUACAUGUUAUUUAUUUAAAGUGUAAAAAUGUCCUUCAUGUCCUGCAGUAUCACCAGUUUCACAAUCUCUGUUGUGCUUGGAAAAAUCCAAAGUCAGUGCUUUGUAGUAUUUCAUGUUUUUGAAACACUCUUAUGAGUUUGUUCGAAUCAUAAAAAGACAAUCAGUCCAGCAGACUGUCGAAACCGCAGCAGGAAAAACCUGCUUUUUUUAUUUUCACAGCCCAUUUAUAAAGAGCAGCUGCAGUGUUCAUUCACAAGGUGACACAAAGCCCCGGACGACUUCAUCUAUCUUCAGUGACAUGUUUUGUUAAACAGCUCCUUUUCUGUUCUUUACAUUUCGACAUUUAUCAGGUCUACAGAGCCUGUCACACCUCAUCCUGCAGCAAAGCGUCUACAUCUGCUGCUUCCAUGAGUCUAAAGUUACAUAAAACCUCCAAGUCCACAUGUAGAUUAUCACCAUUUUCCCACAGAGCUGUUCGGCUCACCCAAAGGUCGUCUGUUGCCGGCAUCACAUCCCCAGCACCUGUUCAGCUUCAUCUAAUCCCCACAGUUGCUCAGAGAUCAGGGGUUGUUUAUGAGCUCACAGGGGCCAGAGGUCAAGAUUAAGUAGGUAUCCAUGUUAGGGGAAGGAGGGAAAGCUGCUGCUUCAGAUGUCUACGCCCCACAGUCUUACAGAGGAUUCUCCUAACGAUGCUGUGAUUCGAUAAGACUACAAGAGCACAUUUCAUGUUUCUCAAGGACAAAUAUUCUUUUGUUUUGAUUUUGGCAAAUUAAUUCUGCUCAACAUUUGAUAUCAAGGACGAAUGAUGUCCUCGUUAAUUUCAGCCAAUCAUUGUCCUCUCAACUACUAACAUCUGUCCUCGAUGGUCAGCUGGUACCUUCAUGAGUACCAUGCUAGCCUCAGCCUCUCAGAACUCAGAAGGGGUUUUAUUGCCAUUGUUGAUGAACAGGAUUCACAGAGUAGGAAUUUGUUUUGGCAUGAUGGUGCAACAAUAAACAGAGAGUAAUAUAAAAUACUAGAAUAAAAACUAAUAAGAGCAUGCAAGAAAUAUGUAAAGUAUAAAAGUAUUAAAGUAUAAAAAUAUAAAGGGUUAUGUACAAUGCUAUGUACAAAAAGUAUAAAAGGCUAUGUACAACUAUUCUCACCCUCACACCUGAAUCGAUAAGAUGUAACUCCUUUUUUUUGUUCUUGCAGAUCGUCAUCAGCAUCGGCUUGAUGUUUUACGUCGUGCACCGUGCUCAGGUCGAGCUCAACGCCGCCAUCGCCGCCUGCCAGAUGGAGCUGAAGUCGUCGCACAUGAACGGCUCCUCCACUAAUCACAGCAGCUUCACCUACUGCAGCAAGAGGGCGACAGUGGGCGGAGGGAACUGCAUUAACGUGGUGUGACCGAAAAUCGACAUGUGAGGCGGUCGGCCUCAUGAAUCGGUCACGGACCCGUAAAACUGCAGAGCUAAAGGGAACCACGCUGAUGUGAGAUGGUUUCUGAGGAUUCGUCGGUGCAAAGUUGGGAUGAAGAUGGUUUUGUGGUACAUCCUCUUUGGGGGGGUCCUCUUUUUGUUUUUGUUAUUUUCUUAUAGGUACUUCUUAACAUUUGCUCUAUUACAGGAGAUGUCAAUGAUAUUUAGAAAUAUCAGAGGUGGCUGAGUGAGCGAGUGAGUCUUUAAAAAACUAGCUAGGCUAACCGCCGGCUAACACGAUGAAUGUGCAAUCUGGAGCUUUUCUAGAGAACCAAGGAACCACAUUUCCAUGUCAGUGUCAACGAAUGCCAGCCUAUGCACCUUUCUUCCAUACUGCAUCUGCUGUUUCUUUACUUUUUUAUAUCUGUGUAGGUCUACAGCUUCUUCACAGUACGAAUAACAAGGGCAUUAUCAGUAUUUGUUUAACAUUUGGUUUUGAACGUUUUCUUUACGUGUCUUAUUUUUGGACGAUGGAGAGAGAGAGAGAAAGAGAGCCGGAGCUCUCACAAAGACGCUCUCUGACCCAUGUGAUUUCUGCUGGUGUGCGCCUGCAUCAGCUGAAUCAGCCACGUCUGCCCAGAGUUCAUUUUAGCGCUUCUGCAGUUUUGAUAAGAGCAGCUGGAGAGGAGAGCAGAUUUCACAGCGGGGAAACUCAGGAAUGUUUCUGCCAGGAAAAGUUGGAAGUUGCAGCGUGAUCAGCUUCUCUGCAGCACAGCCACAUGUUCUGGCUGCAGAAAAAUACCCACACUGAACUGAAACUGAUGUCCAGCUCUUCAUGUAUAUCUUUCUAACUCAUUUUAAUUUGGUUUACAUUAUUUUGUAUCUGUGAGAUGAUGAUCCAUUAGGAUUAUUCCGUAGAUUUUCGUUUAGGAUGGUAGUUUUUGUUAAUUCUGUGCAAUAUCAAGAACAGUGACAAAAUGGCAUGAAUGUCAUAUUUCAGUGCUGAAACCAAACUAAUCAGAAAUGCAUCCGAAAUAACACAACCUGUGUUUAUAUAACCUUUUACUCACAUUAUAGACAAAGUGAGCUAAAUGGGAUAAAGAGGCUGUUAUUUUGUUAUUAUUAUGUGCCAUAAUUUGAUAUCAGACGCCAUGACACUGGCCCCACCUGAGCUGAGGCUACAUGUGACUUAAUAUGUGAUGACUCAAUGUUGUUUUUUGAUGGUUGAAAUGAUCUGUGAAGAAUUCCUUCUUGUUUAAGCUCUUAACAUACCGACAACAAAGCUCUCCUAAUCAUAGAUUCUUUUGCACAGUCCACUAUGACGGAUUAUUUUCAUACAGAUUAUGUAAAACUGGAAAAGAGUUUGGUCAAAGGUUGAAUCUGUUGUGUCUCAGAAGCCGACAAUCAAACACAACACGGACACUAAGUGAUGAAUGUGAUAAUACUUUUUAUUUUUACAUGAAUUAUUGUGAUGCUGCUCCUCAGACAACGUCUGAUUGAGGAAUAAUAAGGGCUCCUUUAUGAAAUAUCCACCUUUAUGUCCCUGUUUUUCUUACUAAUGCCUGUUUAUUAAUGGUGACACAACUUUUUGUUUAACUUUUGUCUUCAAAGCCAGAUUAAAUAUUCCCCCGAACACAUUCCACGCUGUCAGUCCUCUAAACCACAGUAGAGUUAUUUUGAAGACAUGUCGGUUAAAGGGCCCCUUCCUGUCUGAAUUUAGCAAUAAUAUUUCAGAGCAAAAACACCAUGAUACCAGAAUGAUCAAUAAGCAGACUGGCCCAGAGUCAGGAGCAGUUGUUUCAGGUCCGCCUGAAAACUUGGACUUUCUAUUUAAAAGUAAACAAAAACUGCAUCUAACAUGUUUGUGGACCCACAUUCCCCCCUGUAUGGUUCAGUAUCAGUAUUCCCAGGUUUGUGCUCGUGUUCAACCUGCCUGUUACCUCCCGCUGCCUCUGACUAAAAGAUUUCUGCUCUGCCAAUGAUGAGGAAGACUCGCAUGACAUCCGUGAUAAAAACAGCUCGUAAAAAAUCUUUUUCACUUUUCUUUGAAGGGUUUCAAAAUCUGCUGAUCACCUCUCACUAAAAAAAAACGCUUCUUUGAUUCUAACCCAGACAUUUUCCCGGCCUGACUUUAAGGUUCAUGUAGAGGGAGAUGAAUGACAUUUAUCAAACCUGCUCACUAGACUCACCUCCUAACCUUUGAAAAAUGAGUUUCUCCUCAGUUCCUGAUGAGAAACUAUAAAUACACGAGGCUUCCACCUGACAGCAGUGACCUCUUACCCUCCAAAGGAAGUGUGAUUUCAUACAGUGGUUCUGUUCAAAAGUGGGGAAUAACUGGAAUUACUGAUAAUAACCUUCAUUUGGAGAGCACGUUUCAAAAUCCAAGUUACAAAGUGCUGAAUUGACGCCUUUGUUAAUGCAAAAAUCACAAAUAUCAAACUCCAAUCGGCUACCAUCAACUCAUCAAACUGGGAUUUUGAAAACCUAUACUUGUGGGAAAAUGAGCAGUUUUCAAAGUAAAAGCUUUGGUUCUUCCUAGAUGGGCUCUACUUAACUCUAGAUAUAGUUAUGCAACAACUGAUUCCUAAGGGAAGUAUAUUUUAUAGAUGCCAACAUGAGACCUGGGUCCGAGAUGUUUCUGCACACCUUGAACCGUUGUAGAGGAGACAUCCAGGGUCAAUUUUAGGGUCUCAUUUGGUGUUAUGAAAUGCAAUACUUCCCAUCUGUAUCAAGUGCAUUACACAAAUGCUGUAUUUUGUAAUACAGAGAAUUUUACAGUGUAUAAAUAUUGAUAUUUAUCGCUGUACGAUGCUUGUUCAGUGUUAUUUAUGAGAGAAAAUAAAACCUGUUCAACUUUUUACCACGUU